AUGGAUAGCCAGCCGUCGGCCGCCCGCAGCGCGCUGCAGGAGGCGGCCAAGUACUGGUCCGAAUUCGUCGCGCGGUGCAUCGCGCAGCGGCUGAGCAGCGACCGCUUCCAGGACUUUGUGCAGCUCGUCCACGCCAAACACCCGCUGCCGCCCGUCCUCGUCGCCGACUUCUUCCUGCGCCCGCAGCCCUCCAACCACGUCAGUCUCGACCCGCGCAUUCCUCCGUACAUCCAGAUUCUCACCCAUCUCGGCUACGUUGACGCGCCGUCCAUCCUGCGCGUGCUCUACAAGUACUCGGCGUUGCACGUCUACGACAAGCCGCACGCGGACCACAAUGGCGAGACGAAGAGGGAGGAUGGCGAAGAGACAAAACAAGACAAGACGGUCCACUGGCAAGACUCGUCCUGGGCGGAAGAGGUCCUGAUGUAUCAUGUCAUUAAAAACAUGGUGGAGGGCACUGCUUUCACGGGCGCCAAGGCGGGGUUGGAGCUGAUCACCAUCACUUGCAAAUGGAUGGACCGGUUUAUCAACGUCAGCUCGACAAUUGCGGCAGAUAUCCUCACAAAUAAGCACGAUCGGCAGGGCCUUGCCGAAAUGGAGGCUGUGCGCGCAGCCCUUGCGGCGCUGCUCCUGCGGAUGGUGGACAAUCAUGCGCUGCUUCGCAUUAUUAGCAAGCCAUUUGCAAAAGGUCUUCGAAAGCAUCUAUCAGAUAGCCUUGGCAGCUUUAUACCGACUCUCCAGCCUGUAACCCCUGCAUUUGUUGAGAGACUGGAGAUUUUUCGCACGCAGACACUUGCGCAGCUUGACCCCCCUGAUAAGAAGAAAAAAGCUGCCAAUGCAGUCAUGGAUGAGCUUCUCGACUCCACCGUCGGCCUAGAGAGCUUCGUCAUUCCAGAGAUACCCAUCUCCAAUUCGAGAGCCGCGCUUUACGUGUAUCUCAACGCGGCACUCGUUGGACGUCCUGUGCUCGACGAUGCCAUGCUCUAUGCAUUUUUGAAUAAUAAAUACCAGGGAAACCAACAAUCAAGCGCAAUCGAUCUGAUCAUAGCCUCGUUUGAUCUGCUCGCCAAUGCAGUAUUUCGAAACGAAGGCCCCAAAGAUGCGAGUCUUCUACGCUCUUUUGUGGUAAAUAAGCUGCCCCUUCUGCUGUGCCAGCUGUGCCAUCCAGAAUUUUCCGCCACGUCGGCGGAAUUCUGCAUCACGGAAGCGCUCAGCCGCAUCGAUACCAGCGUCUUCCCCACAGCCUCCCUCAUGUUUGAUGAGUCGCGCAACAACAACCCUUAUAUGGAUAGCGUGCGAGAGGAAUUUUGUGCUGCAUGUGCCUUGCAUGGGCUCAUUGAAAGAGAUCACGUGGACCGCAUAUUGGGCGAAACAUCCAUGUCGUAUGACCCUUCUCUGGAAAAGGCAAACCGGGACAGGCUCGUCAGCGACUGCUUGUCAGAUUCUGGCAAGAUCCAGAACAUUAUUUCACAGCUAGACAAGGUGGACGGCAAUGUUGGCGCUGUGGCGCAUGCCAUAGUGGAGUUAAUUCGACAACUCUGUAUAAAUAAGGAUACAAUGGCACUGAAGCCUCUGUGCACGCAACUGGCCCAGAAGCCUCAGUCAUUGGAUAUCAUACUCCUGUUCGAAAAGAUCACUUCUAUCCUGGAGCCUGUGUGCAGCCUCCUUGACAACUGGAGAUACGAAGAGGAUCAGGGCGAGUACCAGCCCGUAUACGAAGAAUACGGCGCCAUUCUUCUGCUGGUGUUUGCCUUUACUUACCGCUACAACCUUUCGCCGCUGGAUAUCGGCAUCCAGUCGGUGGACUCGCAUGUAGCGAAGAUUAUUACCAAGUCGCAUAUCCUGCGGCCGCUGGACGAGUUAAGCGAGCAAGAGAUGGGACAUGUCACAGGUUGGAUCAACGGCCUCUUUGAUAACGAAACUGGUGGUCUGGGAGACGACCUGAUGUCCUCUUGCCCGCCGCACGAGUUUUAUCUGCUCGUGGCGCCGAUUUUUCAGAGUAUCAUUACUGCUUAUACAUAUGGCUACAUUAACGAUGAGAGCCUCAAGGGCGGUGUUGAAUACUUGGUCGACACAUUUCUGUUGCCGUCGCUGGUGCCGGCCAUUAGAUUCUUGUCAGACUACAUUUGGGUGGAUCAAAAGGAGCAAAAGUCUAUUGUGAAGGCUUUGCAACUGCUGCUCACACCCAGCUCCAUCUCCGGAGAAGCGAGCACUGUGCUGUCGUCGGUGAAGAAUCUCAUCGCCCAGCCACUUGAGCACGCUCUGCGAACCUAUCAGCGGCAAGAUCCCCGUAACCAGGAUAUCGAGCCGCUGCUGCGAUCGCUCAAGGAGAACAUUCCUCAGUCACGACGGACGGGCGGCGCCGAGCACCACGAGAUGGAGUCGUGGGCCAACAGCUCCAGCAACGGCCUUUUUGGCGCCAUCCGCCACACUAUGCAAGGACUGGUGCAAUGGAGUCUGCAGCCUGGCGUUAACGUCAUGCCGGCGUCGUACACCCAUCGCCAGUUCAUUGCCGGGGUGCGAAUCAUUGGCCCCAGCCGGCUCCUGCGGCUCAUCAUGGAGGAGAUUCGUCAGCAGAGCGACCUGGGCAACGCCCCGGUCGUGUACGACGUGGCGGCGGCACUGGUCGCGGCGACGGACUCAACCAACGAGGCGCCGCCGGCCAGCAGCAACUUGCUCGACACGGCGGGCACGAUGCAGUCGCCGCCGCAGCGGCCCCAGAGCCUGCGGGACGUGCUCAAGACGGCGGCCGAGGGCUACAAGCGGCUGCAGAAACAGGACCCCUUUCUGGCGGAGGCGAUGGUGCGGCUGCACCGUCGCGUGGAGACGCUGAUGGUGAUGCCGCAGGCGCAGGCCCUCCUGCCGACGACGGACAUGCCGCUGGACCUGAGCGGCGAUGCCAUCGCGGCGGCGGCGGCGGGCGCGGAUCCGCUGGCCGUGGACACGACGGGCCUGGACAUGGGAUUGGGCGGCGACCUGGACUUGUCGGGGGGUGGCGGUGAUGCCGACUUGUUUGGCGGGCUGGAUACGAGCAUGGACAUGUUUGACGGGUGGGACUCUAUGGACAUGGGCGACAUGGGAGUCAACUAG